CGCCCGGGGGGGCCUUGUGUUGCAGACGCGGAUGCAGAGCCUGCGGCCGGAGCCCGCCGCCCGGUACCGGAACGUGCUGGAGGCCCUGUGGCGCAUCGCCCGCACCGAGGGCGUCUGGCGGCCCAUGCGGGGCCUGAACAUCACCGCCACCGGCGCCGGCCCGGCCCACGCCCUCUACUUCGCCUGCUACGAAAAGUUAAAAAAGACGCUGAGUGACGUUAUCCAGGCAGGGGGCAAUAGCCAUGUGGCCAACGGUGCAGCCGGGUGUGUAGCGACGUUGCUCCACGACGCAGCCAUGAACCCUGCCGAAGUGGUUAAACAGAGGAUGCAGAUGUACAACUCUCCUUACCAGCGUGUGACGGACUGUGUGCGGGCUGUGUGGCGCAACGAAGGGGCUGGAGCUUUCUACCGCAGCUACACCACCCAGCUCACCAUGAACAUCCCCUUCCAAGCCAUUCACUUCAUGACCUACGAGUUCUUGCAAGAGCAGCUCAACCCCCACAGACAGUACAACCCGGGCUCCCACGUGGUCUCUGGAGCCUGCGCGGGGGCUGUCGCUGCCGCUGCCACCACGCCUUUGGACGUUUGCAAAACGCUGCUCAACACCCAGGAGUCCCUGGCUUUGAGCUCCAACAUCAGCGGACACAUCACAGGCAUGGCCAAUGCCUUCAGGACGGUGUACCAAGUGGGCGGCGUGACCGCCUACUUCAGAGGGGUCCAGGCCAGAGUCAUUUACCAGAUGCCCUCGACGGCGAUCGCCUGGUCCGUGUACGAGUUCUUCAAGUACAUCCUCACCAAGCGCCAGGAGGAGCGGCGGGCUGGGAAGUGAGCCAGAGCCCAACGCCGUGCCAGACCUGCUUCACCUCCCCUCCUGGUUUGUCUUCUGACCUCUCUCCCUUUCAGAUUGGUUUGUGUCGAAGAGAGGGGGCAGCGAGGGCCUUUGGGCUUUAGCCAUGAGGUGUUUGCCCCGUGGCUGCCGCAGCUCUGCUCAGGCUGCGGGGUUUGCUCUCCCCUGAAAUGUCCCACUGGGAGCUGCAGCCCCGGUCACAUCCCCUGGCACUUUGGUGGAGCCGUGUUCCUCUCCUGCCCUUAACCAACCCCCCCCCCUCACGCAAAGCUCACCCCUCCUUGGGGGGGAAGGUGAAUGUCCUGCCCUCCCCCUGGCAGGGCCGCGCCGAGGAGGGGGUGGCUGCGCUGCCCCGGUUGCUGGGGGCUUUGUCUGGCUUUUGGCCUUGCCGUUGUCUUGUAGCACGCACACGUGAUGCCCCGGUGGUGGUGGGGCGGGGGGAGAGGAUGGCACUUGAGGAGGGGGAGCCUGUAGGUUUGUUGUUGUUCCUGCUCUUGACACCUCCAAUAAAAACUGUUCUGCUCUGUC